UCAAGGUAACUAUCACUCAUUUUAUUUUCGGAUCUGACAUAAUAACUUUAUUAAGGAUGGCCUAUCAUUCUUCUUUUAUAAAUGAAGAUAUAUCUAUAUGUAAUAUUGCAUUACUUCCUUUACGUACCACUUUCAAGGGGCCAGCGACAAAAGAUGCUGAUUUAAAAUAUGAUGUAAUUGAUGAAGCAUUAUAUUAUUUUAAAGCAAAUAUUUUCCUAAAAAAUUUUCCUAUUCAAAGCAAUGCUGACAGAGUUUUGAUAUAUUUAAUGUUAUAUGUCUCUGAGUGUCUAAAGAAAAUGCAAAAGUGCCUUAAUAAAAAUCAAGCUUUUCAAGAAAUGCAUAUGUUAUCCAACUCAACUUUUUCCAUUCCUGGUGAUCCUGAUUUCCCCUUAAAUCCGGUUUAUGCGAAACCUAAAAAUAGAAUAGAUGAAGAAAAUUUAAGAGGAUAUUUCCUGCAAUUGCGCCAAGAAACGGGUAUGAGACUCAUUGAAAAGGUUUUUGAGAAUGCCAAUUGCAAGCCAAGUAAAUGGUGGAUGUGUUUUUGUAGACGAAAAUUUCUUGAUAAAAGUUUAGCUGCUCCUGGUGAAUAGAAAUGCCAUUUUUUCAAUGUAUUAAAAGAAAGCUACAUUAUAUUUGUAUAUUAAAAAAAAUUAAAAUGUAAUUUAUACAUUAUACGCGAAACUUAUUUAUUUUAUAUAAUAUUGUAAUUAUAUUUUCUUUAUAUAAUGGUACAAAAAGAAUAAAUAUACAAU